AUGUUCAGCAGCGUAGCCCAACGAUUGUUCAGCCGACGCCCUGCCAGAAUCGGCCAAGUUGACGAACACCAUGAAGUCUAUGACUUUGCGUCCUUCCUCAUGGUUUUCAAUGACAUUUUCGUCAGAGAUAAGUACUAUCAGAGCUUUGGCAUGGUUAAUGAUCUGCCGAUCAGUAAUGAGAUCGGCCGCGGCGGCCAGUUUAUAGUUCGGCUCUUCCGGUUUCCUGAGAACAUGUCGGUCCGUACGUCAGAUGAUCCCUCAUCCAGACUCACAGCCGGGGCAGAGGUAGCUCUGAAGUGGCCCAACCUCGAAAGAGCUGGCAACUUAGAUGAGGCGGAGGUCAUCAGGUCAAUUACCACAGAACUCUCGGUAAUCUCCCAUCCUAGGAUCAGGGAACAUCCUCGCAUCUUGGACGUCUAUGGAUUCGCUUGGGACAAGCAAAUAAUAAGUUCAGGGGAGUCUAUCCUACCUGUAAUCAUGGUAGAAUAUGGGGAACAUGGGACACUGACUGAGUUCCUUGGGCGCACGCAAAAGGUUGACCUUGAUACCAAGCUGCUGCUUGCAAGCGACAUUGCUCAUGCCGUGCACGCCCUUCAUCAGAACGGGAUUGCACACUCAGACCUCAAACCAGGGAACAUUCUAGUAGUCCACCAUGAUACUGAUCUGAGGCCAGUGGCCAAGCUCAGUGAUUUUGGUCUUUCUAUUUUCCUUGACCAGCACGACUCAACAAAACCAUGGACUGCUGGGACACCUCCGUGGAUGGCCCCAGAACACAUGACACCUGUCACGACAGAGCAGCUUGUCAAGGCAGACAUUUAUGGCUGCGGUUUGAUUCUGUGGUCACUCUUGCUCGAUGGGAUACCACCCUGGAAACUCGAAGCCUUCGAAAGUGAUAGCCUCGAAGAACUAUUCAAGUCUGUUAAGAAAGACGGCAAGAUGAGUCCCGAAGAACUAUUCGAGUCUGUCAAGAAAGACAGCAAGAUGCUCAUUGACAUAGCCAUCGGAUUUAUGCGUGAUGAAGGGAUAGUCCCCGAAGCGAGACUAGAUGAGAUCAAAUACCUCUUCGAAUCGCUGCUCAUGACUCCGGCGGAAAGGUCAUUGGAUCUUCUUCUUUCUUAUCAACCAAGGUAUUAA